GUUGCUGGGGUAUCAAUAAUUAAGGCGUUUGCCCGGCACUCUCGCGAGAGUAUUCAAAAUAGGGCGGUCUUUUUGAUGCUAGAAUAGAGACUCUCAACAGGUCAAGUCGGUAUCGUGACGACAUCAAACCGCGCCGGAUGUUUUGGAACGGACAAUACUUUAAUCAUGUCUGGAAGCUUCUACUUUGUAAUUGUGGGUCAUCAUGACAAUCCAGUGUUUGAAAUGGAAUUUCUGCCAGCUGGUAAAGUAGAAUCUAAGGAUGACCAUCGCCAUCUCAAUCAAUUCAUAGCUCAUGCUGCCCUUGACCUGGUGGAUGAGAAUAUGUGGCUGUCUAAUAAUAUGUAUUUGAAGACUGUGGACAAAUUUAAUGAAUGGUUUGUCUCAGCUUUUGUUACUGCAGGACAUAUGAGAUUUAUAAUGCUUCAUGAUGUAAGGCAAGAAGAUGGAAUCAAAAAUUUCUUCAAUGAUGUAUAUGACCUGUAUAUAAAGUUUGCAAUGAAUCCGUUUUAUGAAUCCAAUUCUCCAAUUCGAUCAACUGCAUUUGACAGAAAAGUUCAGUUUCUUGGAAAGAAGCAUCUUUUAAGCUGAAAUACCGUGUCCAUACUGUAUUAUUACUUAAUAUAUGUCCUAUUGUAUGUUUGUCAUCUUCUGGAUGUGAGGACCAGUCUGCAGUCUAAAGGUUCAAAAUAUCCACAAACCAGAGGAGAAAAUUAAAACAACCUCUGCUGCCCAGCAAUUAGUGUCUCCAAAGGGAUUGAUCAUUGAAGUUGUAAAAUAUGUAUAUAUAACGAAAUAAAAAAAAUCUAAAUACAA